AUGCCUCUCUUAGACUUAAGACUUGGACAGGACGAGCGGCUUUGGAAUCACAUCUCCAAGAAAGAAAGAAGAAAAGCCAAUCCCCUUGGCCAGGCUGGUUCAAAGCUUGAGAAGGAAUUCCAGGCGAUGGUUUGCUUACUGCUGGUGGAACUGUGUGAAAAAUUCACUUUCUUUGGCAUUGUCUGCAACAUGCUCCUUUUCUGCACCCUCAAGCUUGGUUUUCACAAUUACGAGGCAGCCAUGCUCAACGUUUGCUUUGUUGGGGCAUGCAUGGUGACCCCAGUUCUGAUGGGCUGGCUUGCUGAACACCCAGUGGGACGGAUUAGAUUGGUAUACCUCUGUGCACUGCUGCAUUUUCUCGGUACAGCCCUAUUACCUGUGGUGGCCUUCCCUUUUGAGGAUUUUUUCAUAGAUAAACACUAUGUCCUUCACACUUUGGCUAAAAGGGAGCAGAAAGCCCUCUUCUACACUGCGUUGCUGGCCACCUGCCUUGGUUCUGGAGGAAUAAGAGCCAUUGUGUGCCCUUUAAGUGUUUAUAAUCCUGAUGAACAUAGACCGAAGGAGCUUCUGUCAUUCUUCAACUGGUUUUAUUGGUUGGUCAAUCUAAGUUCAGCUGUUGUCUUCAUCAGUAUUUCAUAUAUCCAGCAGUCGGUGGCCCAAAACCUGGGCUUUCUUAUUCCAUUUGUUUCAGUCCUUAUGGGACUGAUCACAAUUCACAUGGCACGCAGUGAAAUGAUUUAUCAGCCUCCAAAAGGUAGUUGCCUGUUGACUGUCUGUGGCAUAGUCAUAAAUGCAUUGAAGGUGUGCUGCAUACAGUGCCGCUACUUCAGUGGGAAUGUAGCAAACUGGCUAGACCAUGCCAAGGAAAACCAUGGAGGCCACUACACUGAAACACAAGUGGAAAACACAAAAUUGCUCAUCCGUCUCUUUCCUUUAUUUGCCUUCCAAAUCCUGUAUAGAUUGUGUGUUAUGCAGAUUCCAUCAGGAUAUUAUAUACAGACAAUGAAUUCAAAUUUGAAUUUGAAUGGAUUUCUUUUGCCAAUCGCUGCCAUGAAUUUAAUAAGUGUCUUACCAUUUUUAAUUCUGGCUCCUCUUCUGGAAUGUGUCAAUGCUUGUCUGUUGAAUGCCAAAACAAGUGGAUGGUAUCCUAUGAUAUGCAUUGUUGUAGGUAACACAUCUGCCGCCCUUUCCAUGGUUGUUGCUGGGUUCUUUGAGCUACGCAGGAAGCAUUUCCCUCUGGUUGAGCAGACGCUUUCAGGCAAAGCUCUCCUGGUCUCCUCCAUGUCGUGUCUCCAUCUGGCCCCACAGUACCUCUUGCUUGGUGUGGCAGAAACUCUGGUGACUCCCACCUGUGCCUUCAUUACAUUCAGAUUUCUGCCUGGCCAAAUUCGUGGGGUUGCCAUGCAAAUCUUGAGUUUCUUCAAUGGAGUUGGCUGUAUUAUGGGGGCCUUCCUUAUCCAGACAACAUACAUUGGUUCACAAGGUGAGUGGUUUCCAAACAUUCUAAAUGAGGGUAAAUUUGAGAGAUUUUACUUCUUCUUGGCCUCAUUAAUGAUCAUGAACACUUUGGGCUUCUGGACCGUUUCACACAAAUAUAAUAAUCUGCAGCAAGACUAUGAUGAAGGAUUCAGAGGGAGCCUUCUUCAGGAGCAACUUUUACAGCAUGAGAAAUCACUUAAAUUUUAUGAUAGCAUCCUGGAUUGUCCCUCUCCUUUGUCCCCGAUGGAAAGUCUCCUGUGAACUUAUACUCUGAAAAUGACUGGCUGAGAACUUGGUCUACUCUGUCUUCAUAUUAUUGCCUGUCAGAUUUUAAUGAUGUGUUCCUUUCUUUGUUUAUGGAUUGACUUAGCAUUAGUGGAUUGUAGUUUAUCUUUUUCAUGUCUGCUUCUCUCUGGAAAAUUAUCUCUAUAAGUUCAGGACCUACAUCUGAAUGAUUCUAAAUCCAUACAUCUCACUCUUUUUCCUAUUAAUGAGAGCUUCAUGGGUGACAGAGCCUUUUAAUAAGGCAAGUUGACUCUUUCUAAAGUCAUAUUCCAUAUGUAGUAGC